UUUUUAUUUGUCUCUUUACAUCUCUAUCACAUUUUUUUUUUCUUUUUUUCUUUGGAAUUAAAUUUUUGGAACUGUUAUUAUUAUUAAUUUUGAAUCUUGCAUUUAUAAAAGUUGUUUGGGUUUUUGUAAUCUACUUCUUAACGCUCCCUGAAGGCUGUAGCUUGCUUUGGUCUCCAAGGGGAAUCAGAAACAAGUUCUAGAGUUUAUUGUAGCGGGGAAAAGAAAAGGAGAAAUGGGUCGUGGUGUGAGCAGUGGUGGUGGACAAAGUUCUUUGGGUUAUCUAUUUGGAAGCCAAGAGACUGCAAACAAACCCGCAAACAAACCCCAAGCUUCUCAGAACAUAGGGGAGGCUGCAAUUGCUGGUCCUCCUCAGAAAAUUCCUGUUGCCGUUAAGCCAAUUGAUAAGGACAUUCCGGCAGGCAUUCAUGGGAGUCCUACGAACAAUUACCACAGGGCUGAAGGGCAGAACUGUGGAAACUUCAUUACGGAUCGACCAUCAACUAAAGUUCAUGCUGCUCCUGGCGGUGGAUCAUCCCUGGGAUACCUCUUCGGUGGUGGCAGCGGCAGCAAUGGGAACUAGUAAUACCUUCUCCUUAGGAAGGCAUCAAUAAUUUGUUGUUAGCAAAUUAUGAUUCCUAAUUCAGAAGAAAAUAGAAAAACAUACUUGGAAACUGCGGACUUGUUCUUUGUGCAAUUGUGAUGUGUAGCCUUUCUGAGAUUGUUGUGCUUGGACUUUUUGGGAUACCUCUUCGGUGGUGGCAGCGGCAGCAAUGGGAACUAGUAAUACCUUCUCCUUAGGAAGGCAUCAAUAAUUUGUUGUUAGCAAAUUAUGAUUCCUAAUUCAGAAGAAAAUAGAAAAACAUACUUGGAAACUGCGGACUUGUUCUUUGUGCAAUUGUGAUGUGUAGCCUUUCUGAGAUUGUUGUGCUUGGACUUUUUGGACAUGCUAAGCCAUGGACUUUGUUUUUAACUCGAGUAAGUAAAUAGAUUAAUGCAUUUGCUUUGUGUGCUCUGCA